CUUGGAUAUUGUAUACGCAGGGCUGAGACACGAUUAAAAUAGUGUGCUGCGAACACAGAAGUUGAAGCUCCCAUACAUAUUCGGAGUUGGAGAGCACCAUGUUGACGUGCACGGCAUGCCGCGAAGAGUUCGCGACGUAUGAGCUGCAGAAGGAACACUUCAAGCUGGACUGGCAUCGGUACAACCUCAAGCGCAAGGUGGUGGGGUUGCCGCCCGUGUCGGUGGAGCAGUUCUUCGCCCGAAAGGCCGACGGCGCGCCGCAGAAGGUGGAGGAACCGGUGUUGCAAGCGUUCAAGUGCCACAACUGCAACAAGUCGUUCUCGAACGUGAAAGCCGUGGACAACCACAAAGCCACAAAGAAGCAUCAGGUGGCUGUGAAGAAGGCCGACAACGUCGAGACCAUCACGUCCAAGGUGAUUGCGAAGGCGGUCGAAGAUGCACCUGUCGACGAAGAAGCGGCGACCACCGAGGACGACGACGAAGGAGAAGACGUGGACCUGAACAUCCAGCACUGCAUGUUCUGCUCGUUCGAAGCCGACUCGCUCGAGACCAACCUCACGCACAUGCAGAAGUCGCACGGGUUCUUCAUUCCCGACUUGGAGUACCUCGAGGACCUGGAAGGAUUCGUCACGUACUUGGUGGAAAAGGUCAAGCUGGGCCACGUGUGCCUGUACUGCAAUGGAAAGGGCAAGGCGUUCCGAACGUUCCAGGACUGCCAAAAGCACAUGAUCGACCUAUCGCACUGUAAACUCGCGUACGAAGAGGGCGUCGACUUGCACGAGUUCGACGACUUUUACGACUUUACGGCGUCGUACGAUGGGGUGGUGGCAGCUAAGCAGACGUCUGCUACCGCCCACGGCGACGACGACGAGUGGGAAGACGUCGAGGAAGACGAAGAAGAAGAAGAUGAACUGGCUGGCCUCGAAACCAUCUCCAUCUCGGACACAGGCAACAUGGUGCUCCCCGACGGCCGGCAAAUCGGCCAGCGCGAGCUCCGCCGCUACUACAAGCAGCGCCACCGUCCCGAAGAAGCGCGUGAUAGCGUGCUGGCCCAGACCAAGGAGCGGCUGCUGCUGUGCUACCAGCUGGCGGGCAUCGACAUGAACUCGACGACGCUGAGCGUGUCGUACGCCAACAAGUUUCUGAGUCGGCGCACCGGCAACAUUGCCGAGGCGCGCAACAUUCAAGAGUCCAAGAGCGUGCGCCACAAGUUCCAAAAGCACAGAGAACGCCUUGAGACGCGGAGCCACAAGCUGCAAAAGCACCCGAAUCGAAAGGAAAUGGUCACCGUCUAACGACAUACACUUUGAAAACGAAUAUACUAUGAAAUAUGAUGAAAAGUGAUUGCAUCCUGUCGGCUACUACUACUUGAAAUAUUAAUCGAUGUUUGACAUUCCA